AACACUUUUUCACAUUGGAUGCUCCGCUCUCCCCGUCCCUUAACAAUCCAUUUAAAUUAAUCUAAUUUCCAAUUAACAAUUCUAAUCCUGUUUAGAGAAAUAUCUAAACCUCUAGUUAUAUAUAGAUCACCGCAUCCCACAAUCUCGCUUGCCCCAAAAGCCUCUUUAACUCCAACCCCACUCACAAUGAACGGCGCCGUUUCGUCCCUCAAGCCUCGGCACAAAAGGGUCCCAAACGGCAAGCCCAUUCGCGUCGUUUCCCCUUCGCCCGCAGACCACAACGAGGAGGCGAUGUAUUCUUCUUCUAAGGCCAAGAAGAUCGGUCUCAACGGCGGCGGCAAGGCCUUCUUCAUGACGUGGAGGCUGCAUGACGCCGCCCACGUGGCCAAGCACCAUUGGAUACCCUGCCUCUUCGCAAUGGGGGUCCUCUUCUUCAUGGGCGUGGAGUACACGCUCCGGAUGGUGCCGUCGUCGUCGCCGCCGUUCGAUAUCGGGUUCGUCACCACCCGCUCCCUCCACCUCCUCCUGGCUUCCAAGCCCAAGCUUAACACCUUGCUCGCUGGCCUUAACACGGUGUUUGUGGCAAUGCAGACCACAUAUAUACUAUGGUCAUGGCUAGUAGAGGGCCGCCCAAGACCCACAAUCGCGGCCGUCUUCAUGUUCACAUGCCGGGGCAUCCUCGGCUACUCCACCCAACUUCCAUUGCCUCAGGGGUUUUUGGGGUCAGGAGCGGACUUCCCAGUCGGGAAUGUGUCGUUUUUCCUGUUCUUCUCGGGGCAUGUAGCCGGGUCUCUGAUUGCAUCCUUGGAUAUGAGAAGAAUGCAGAGGUGGGAAAUGGCAUGGACAUUCGAUGCCCUCAAUGUCCUGCAAUCGGUGAGGCUGCUGGGGACAAGAGGGCACUACACGAUAGACUUGGCCGUGGGGGUUGGAGCCGGUUUUCUGUUUGAUUCUCUGGCCGGAAAGUAUGAGGAAAGCAAGAGAUCAACUUCUACCAAAGAGGCUCUGUUUCCUUGAACGGAUGGGAAUGUAGGCAGGUUGUUUUGGGGUAGGAAUUUGAGUAUGUUUUUCGAUAAGAAAAUGAAAGUAGGUGUAUGAACUUGUAUAGAGUCAGAAAGAGAGCUCAACCAGCUCAAUUGUCUGGGGACCAUUUGUUGUUAAUUUCUUCAAGAGUGUAUUUCUUAACAGAACUUUCCAUUCUUAAA